CUUCAGUGCUUGGCCCAUUUGAUUUCACAGUGCUUUCUUUACAUCACUUCACAAACUCGUUGCCAAAAAUCUCACUGAUUUUUCGUCUUUCGCGGUCCCAACGAACCCUAGAUCGGAUCAUGUCUGGAGCAUACGGUCAAGACGGCGGCGGCUCUGCGCCACCGUCAUAUGGAGCCAGCGGCGGAUACGGUUCCGGUGGUGGCAGUUAUGGAGGCGGAACCUAUGGAGGGGGCGGUGCCAGUGGAGGAUAUGGUGGUACGGAAGGCGGUGGAGGUUACGGAGCGAAAAGCAGCGGAAACGACGGCGGAUACGGUGGUAACGAUGGCGGGGGUUAUGGAGGAAGGAGCGGCUACGGUGGAAACGAUGGCGGAGGCUAUGGAGGAAGAGGCGGUGGUCAAGGUGGCCGGGGAGGUGGAGGGUUCGGUGGUGGAUAUGGCGGUCGAGGUUCACUUUUGCUGCUUUUUAUAUCGUUCUAACUGUGAAUUUAUUUUUGCCCUAUCGUGUUCAUAUGUGAUGCGAAAUUCUGCAGGUGGAGGUGGCGGUGGCGGUGGCGGUGGUGGAUAUCAAGGCGGUGAUCGCGGGGGUCGUGGCGGCGGUCGCGGCGGAGGCGGCCGUGGCGGCAGCGGCAGAGAUGGAGACUGGCGUUGCCCUAACCAAAGUUGUGGGAAUUUGAACUUUGCGAGAAGGGUUGAAUGUAACAAAUGCGGUGCUCCUUGUCCUAAUCCGAAUAGUUCCAAUGAACGAGGUGGAAGUGGCGGAAGUGGUGGCGGUGGGGGUGGCUUUAGUAGAGGCGGAGGUGGCGGUGGGGGAUAUGGUAACACUCGAGGGGGAAGAUCGGGGAAUUAUGAUGGAGGGAGAGGUAAUGACUAUAACAGUGGAGGGGGUCGAUCUGGUAACUAUGAUGGUGGAAGGGGUAAUGACUAUAAUAGUGGAAGGGGUGGUAGUAAUGAUGGUAGAGGUGGUUCGUAUAGAGGUAAUCAAGGUAGAGAAGAUGGUAGCUACGGUCAAGUUCCCGCUCCUAAUGCCCAAUCUUAUGGUGGUGCUGGUGGAAGCUUCCCACCCUCUUACAAUUCUUAUGGUGGGAAUGCAAGUUAUGGAACUGAUGCAGUUCCUCCACCUUCGAGUUAUACUGGCGGACCUAAUUCCUAUCCUCCAUCAUAUGGGGGUAAUGCCGGUGGUUAUGGGGGAGAUAAUCAAGGGAAUGGGCGGAGUGGUGGUAGAUCUGGGCCUCCGUCUGGGUAUGACAAUAGUCAUGGUGCUGGUAAUCGAGGUGGAUUUAGUGGGUCUCCUGCCGAGCCCCCAGCUGCAGUAAAGCAGUGUGAUGAGAAUUGUGAUGACAGCUGCGACAACUCUAGAAUAUACAUCUCAAACCUUCCACCAGAUGUGUCAAUUGAAGAAUUGAGGGAACUUUUUGGAGGCAUUGGACAAGUUGGAAGGAUAAAGCAGAAGAGGGGCUACAAAGAUCAGUGGCCUUGGAACAUUAAGAUUUACACAGAUGAGAAUGGAAAUAACAAGGGAGAUGCUUGUCUUGCUUAUGAAGACCCUUCUGCAGCACAUUCAGCUGGCGGUUUUUACAAUAAUUAUGAUUUGAGGGGUUACAAAAUCAGUGUUGCAAUGGCAGAAAAAUCUGCUCCAAGAGCUGCACCUGCUUAUAACCAAGGGGGCAAUAGGGGUGGCUAUGGUGGAGAUAGACGCCGAGACAACUAUAGAGAUGGAGGUGGCUCUGGGCCUGAUAGGCGUGAUCAUUAUGGAAAUCGUUCUCGUCCGUACUAGGAGCUUGGACAUUGAACGUUUUAUGUACUAUGAAUUGUGGGCUGAGGGUUUAAUUAUUUCAGUUGGCUGGUUUCUUGAACUGGAAGCAAAGAGGUAGGUUGUUCACUUACUUUGAGCAAUACCUCUUCCGCUCCUUUUUUGUUUCAAUUGUCUAGAUGGUGGGUUUUGAAUUUAGCCAGGGAUUAAUUUAAUCAUGUGAAUGUUUUUAUAGAGGCAAGUGGAUAGUCUCCCAAUUGCUUGCUGCUAAGGUAGGUGUUGAAUAUUUCAGGUGAGUGCAGCUUUCACGUAAAAAUGUGCCUAAUACUUGCUUGGAAAUUCCUUGUGUCAUAAUGUGGAUAAAUGCUUGCAGUUCUGGCUCAUCCCAUGUGGCAUCUGUGGUACAAGCGGGUGUUGGCAUUAAUUAAUAGAAUGUUUUUAUGUUAGUCAUUGUUCCAUAAAUCAAUAAAUCUUAAUUUACAAUGUUUCAAGUUUCAAGUAAAAAUGGUUGUUUGUAAGGAAUGAAUUAAAUUGUGCUGACAUUUUACUUUAAAUUGAAGCCUUUUGUAAUCAAAUCUAUCAUGAGUUAUUCUAUCGUAGUCUGUUUGAUCUUUUGAGGCUUUAUGAA